AUGCCCCAGUACUUCCUGCACCCUUUAGUUAUCCUUCGACGUCGGCGGACGCCCGGGGAUGUCAAGCCCUGGGACUACUCCAUGCGCAUGUCCAGGGCCGAAGCAGCGCUCAUGGAUAUUUUAGCUGGGCGAUUCGUAUGUAUCCCCGUCUUCACAGGCCUAAAGUCGGGGCAGUUAGGUCCCUGCCCACACGUACAAGGCACUGGGAGCUGCCUUACUCGUAUACGAAUGCUUCCAGUCAGGUCCAACCUGAGGUUGACGUACUUAUCCAACCUAAAGGUCGACAGGAACGAGAAGAGGCGCCGUUCCACUCGGAUAGAUCCGAAUAACGCCAUCUUAUCCGAUAACGACGAUGAGCUCGGAAUGACAAACCUUACCGAUCGCCGAAAGCUAGCCACCACUCCUCCAUUUAUGACCGCUAUGUCUGCCCCGAAUCUCGUUGAAAUUACCUCGCCGACUCACUUUCAAGAACUCCUGUCGGCUGACCUAAAUAGAGUGUCGAUAAUCAACUUUUGGGCACCAUGGGCGGAACCGUGCAAGCAAAUGAACGAGGUCGCGAAAGAAUUAGCAAGGAAGUACACAGCAGCUCUCUUUCUACAGGUGGAAGCCGAGGAACAGUCGGACAUCGCGGAGUCUUUCGACAUUGAAGCUGUUCCAUCGUUCAUAGUUCUGAGAGGCCACACUCUGCUGGACCGCAUCGCUGGCGCAGACGCACCCGCCCUCACCCAAUCUGUCGCUAAGCACGCAACCACCCCAGCCUAUAGCCCCUUAUCCAAAACCAACAACGCACCUGCGAAAGCGCCAACGGUAGUUCCUUCAAAAACUCACGAUAACGAGAAGGAAUCGAUCGAGGAACUGAAUGCGCGGCUACGGAAGCUGAUGAACCAGAGUAAAGUGGUGCUGUUCAUGAAGGGUAGUCCAGAAGUCCCUCGGUGCGGCUUCUCUCGGAAGAUUAGCGCCUUGCUCAAGGACCAAAAUGUCCAAUUUACGCACUUUGAUAUUCUUACGGACGAGAGCGUACGGCAGGGUCUAAAAGUUCUGAACGACUGGCCAACCUUUCCGCAACUGAUUGUCAAUGGCGAACUCGUCGGAGGCUUGGACAUUGUUCAAGAGAUGGUCGACAAUGGAGAAUUUGCCGAAUUGAUCGCCUAG